AAUUAAAACAAAAUGAGACAUUUAUGAAAUAAUUUCAAAGUAAACUAGUUUUUAUUUACACAGAUAAUUUUGUAAUAAAUAUAAAUUAUUUUUAAUCCAUUCUAUUAUCAGUCUGUUAGAGCUGGUGAAUUUACCUAUACACAAAUAAAGCCUUCCUUCCUAUAUUAGUAAAAUAAUGAAUACAAUCACAUUUGUCGCUUUAUUUGUAUGCCUAUUUUUGGCUGAAAUUAGCAGUGGACCCCAUCGUGUUUCGGCUGCACCAAAUCCAAAGCCACACCCUAAAAAAGCUGCUGCACCUGCAAAACCAGCUGCCGCACCUGCAAAACCAGCUGUAGCACCCGCUAAACCAGUUCAAACCACACCACAGCCACAAGAAUCAUUCUUCCCUCGUAUGUGGCACAAAGUUACAUCCCUCUUUAAAUCUUCAUCAUCAUCAUCAUCAUCGCUGACACAGCCAAAUGGGAAUGAAAACCUUUCCUUUAAAGAUAAAAUCACUAACACAUUCAAUAACUGGUUCGGAGUUGAAGAAUAUAACCCAUCCAAAGAUAGUGAAUUCCUAGACAGAUUGUGGUUACUCUUCAGACACUGUUUCCUGAAUAUGAAGAAUUUAGCAAAAAUAUUAUCCAUCUAAUCGUUUCAGCUAAAUUUUGAUUGAGUCAAUGAGACCGCUAGGCCGAAAACAGUAUUUUACGCCGAAAUAUGUGUCAAUAAUAAAUAAAUAGCAUGUAAUGAGAACUGGAUUUUUAUUUAAAAUAUAUAACAAUUCUAGAAACCCAGUACUGUUAGCCUUUUUGCAUAUUACAAGGUAAUAUGUUCUAAUUGUUAAAGGUUGCUAAUGGAUUGUGUAAUAUGAAUUGGCAUGAAAGUUACACAGUUUUCAACCUGAACAUUAGGAUUAAUAUUAAUGGUGAUUUUUAUUAUUAUAAAAGUUCUGUUUCUACUUCCCAAUGAAUGAAAAACAAAACGAUAUUGUCGGCUUAACUGAUGUUUCGCU